UACCUAAGUUGCAGAAAAUUUUCUCCAUUAAAAUGGCAUUCUUGACACUUGAUCAACUGGCUUUUGUAUUUGGUCUCUUGGGUAAUAUUGUGUCAUUCAUGGUGUUUUUGGCCCCAGUACCAACAUUUUACAAGAUUUACAAGAAGAAAUCUUCAGAAGGGUUUCAGUCUAUACCUUAUGUAGUUGCAUUGUCUAGUGCAAUGCUGCUACUUUACUACGGAUUUGUCAAGGCACAUGCUUACAUGAUUAUCACCAUCAACGGCAUUGGAUGUGCUAUAGAAAUUAUAUAUUUAUCUAUAUACAUCACAUAUGCAUCUAAGGAGAAAAGGAUUGCUACGAUAAAAAUGAUACUCAUAUUUAAUAUUGGAGUAUUUGGCCUUAUGUUGGCACUUGUAAAUUCUGUCGUACCGCAGUCAAAGCGCAUAAAUGCUGUUGGGUUGAUAUGUGCUGCUUAUAAUUUAGCUGUAUUUGCAGCUCCUUUAAGUAUCAUGAAACAGGUGAUACGGACCAAGAGUGUUGAAUACAUGCCUUUCCUUCUGUCUUUCUUCCUAACUCUCUGCGCUACAAUGUGGUUCUUUUAUGGACUUUUUAUUAAGGAUUAUUUCAUUGGACUACCAAAUGUGCUUGGAUUCAUGUUUGGAGUUGCUCAAAUGAUAUUAUACAUGGUAUAUAAGGAAUCCUCAAACAAGAAUGGUGAUACAAAAUUGAGGGAGAAAAAUCAAACUGUGUCGACUUCUAUGGUAUCAAUCAAGAACAUAGUUGAUGAUCAUGUAAAAGAUGGAGACAAAAAGAUCUGCACUUACAGCAACUCAAAUGUCAACAAUAUCUAA